GGCCGCGCGCCGGGCGUUUCGCGGCCAGGCCCGCCCGGCAGGGGGCGCUGGGACCGACCGCUCAAGCCCGGGCUUCCGGACCCGCCGGCCCUUGCCUCCGCCCUCGCAGAACCCCGCGGCGUCUUCCGGAGCCUGACUGGCCGGGGACAGAGGGGGCGGGGAGCUGACCCGGAGUGGGCGAAGCCGGCGGGCGGGCGCGGCGCUGGAGCCAACUAUGCGUGCCAUGGGGGCGAUCCUGCGGCGCGCGGCGCGCGGCGCCCGGGACCUGAACACGCGGCGGGACGUCUCCUCCUGGCUGGCCCGGUGGUUCCCCAGAACCCCAGCCAGGUCCGUGGUGGCCCUGAAGACACCCAUCAAGGUGGAGCUGGUAGCAGGGAAAACCUACAGAUGGUGUGUGUGUGGCCGCAGCAAGAAGCAGAAAACUCAUCCUUCUCAGUUUAUGGGACUUCCUGGCUGCCUGUCACAGCUUGCUGUCUUCUCAGCUUCGCUGCCUGCCCCCACCUGCUUCCCCUUCUGCCCAGGAGCAUUUCGUCCCAGCAGGAACCGGCCCACAUUGUUUGCCUCCCUGGCCCCUUUCCUUCCUGAGAGACCUCAGACCUGUGUUCCUUCAAGCUAUGUGGCGUGGUGUCAGCAGCCCAGGGUCCUGGGUCCCACUUAGGUCUACACACCUCUGCCUCAAGCCCUCUUUAAGACAAGCUGCUGCUUUCUGUUUGCACACUUCUCUCACCUCUCCUCCCAUCCCACCCUGACUCCAAUGUCAAUAGGCCUUGGUUCAGCUAGGCAAGGGGUGGCUCACACCUGUUAUCCCAGCACGUUGGGAGGCCAGGGCAGGAGGAUCUUUCCAGCCCAGGAGUUCAAGAACAGCCUGGACAACAAAGUUGAGAUUUCGUUUCUACAAAUGCCUCUACCCCGACCAAAAAAUAGCAUGGCAGUGCACCUGUGUUCCCAGCCACACUGGAGGCUGAGGAAGGAGGACUGCUUGAGCCCGGAAGGCUGAGGCUACAGUGAGCUGUGUUUGCACCACUGCACUCCAGCCUGGGCAACAGAGCAAGACCCUUUCAGAAAAAAAAAAAAAAAAGGCAUUGGCACCAGUUCUGCCUCUAACUAGUAAGGCAUAUCAUCUCUCUGGGCCUGUUUCCAUUACCCAGUCUCUGCUUGAGCAGCUUCUGGGAUGGGGAGUGCACUCUGGUGCCAGGCAGCCAGUUUGCUAUGGGGCAUCCCCUCCUCCCUGUAACCUUCACUCCCUGUCACAUGCCCAGUUGUUCCAUGGAGCCAACAAGGAGACUCAGAGCCAUUCACAGACACACACACACUCCUGUUAGUGUCCUGGCCCUCUGGUUGCCCCGGAUACUAAUGCUGUGAACACUCUACAUACUUACCAGACACUUAGUACAGGCAAA